AUGAAUGAUAAACUUAAAAAAGAGCAUAAAGAUCACGAUACUACUACGCAAUUUAAUGAUUUUUCGCCGCCGCAUAUGAGUAUAGACUUCCAUUCGAACAACAAUAGUAAUAUCAUCGAGACUAUUGGUGUUUCCAAAAGACUGGGAAAUUCCGUACUUAGCGAACUGGAUUCUAGAGCCACGUCAAAGUUCGAAUUCCUGCAAGGUCAAAAUCAACAGCAACACAACAGCAGCGAGAGCGGCGAACUAAACUCGGACUCGUAUGAUAUCAACGAGUUCUUCCAAACAGAGCAUGAUUCUCAAUUUAGUCAGAUGGAGUCGCUAGACGCUCAUUAUACGUUGUUGCACACACCCAAGAGGAAAUCCCAGCAUGCGACCCAACAGGACCGGUCGGAAUCGUUGAAGAGAUCAAGACCAUCCCGCUCAAUUUCAUACACUACACCAGCGGUAAAUGAUAUCACAAGAAGAAUACGAAGGCUGAAGCUGCGGAACUCAUUGGUCAAUGGUAAUGACAUUGUAGCCAGAGCGAGAUUCAUGCAGGCAAACUCUAAUGUCAAUUCGAUAAAGAACACCCCAUUGUCAAAGCCCAAGCCGUUUAUGCAGAAACCGAACUUUCUCACGCCCACCACAAAUUCCUUGAAUAAGGUCAACUCCACUCAUCGCAAUGCAUCCUCUUCUUCGUCAGUCCCGGUGAUUCCAAAACCCAAAGUUCCCAAAUCUACAUCAAUAAGAGAUUUACACACUAGAAUCAAGCCAACAGAACGCACGCCACUUGCGCCAGGAACGAAUUCUCAACUGAAGAAAUCGGUUUCUGUUUUUGAUAGACUCUACAAGCAAACGACGUUCUCUAGGUCAACAUCCAUGAAGAACUUAUCAUCAGGCGUUUCUGCAAAGUCCAAGGAACACACCAAUACAAAGACUCGGAUGGUGAAAAGUAAGACAAGUGGUUCAUUGUCCAGUCAUCUCAAGCAAAACGCGGACGCCAAUACAAAGAACGAGAGACCAAUUUGGAGAUGA